AGGUAUUGACUAGGUGACUAUGCCAUCUCCCAGGUUUUCAUUCUUUACUGUAACCUUGUGAGUUGAGAAGCCACCGAGCAGUCUUUGACACUGUAAAUCAAUGGCUCAAAGUGCAUCGACUUAUUGCUUGAUCUUCAUGGUGAUGGGAUUCACUUUGAUGAAUAUCAAUAUGAUUUGUUCAGCAGAACAACAUGUGGUGGGGGACGACAGAGGAUGGGAUCCUGCCUCAGAUUUCAAAGGAUGGGCUUCCCGCAAGAUCUUCCAUGUUGGAGAUAAUCUCUGGUUUGCUUAUGCUUCCUCUCAACAAAGCGUAUUGGAGCUGAAGAGCCGAGAUGAGUUUGAGAAUUGUGAUUUCAGCAAUCCAAUCAAGUUAUUUGAUGGAGGGCUUGAUGCAGUCCCACUCAUUGAAAUGGGUGACAGAUAUUUUACCAGUGGAAAUGCAGAAGACUGUCAACGUGGGAUGAAAGUGCACAUUAAUGUUGUAUAUGAUGGACUCGACAAUGGCCAAUCUGACAAUUUCGAUGUAGUUUCAGAUGGGCUUGACAAUGUGGCCAAAGAUUUGGUUUUAGAUUUAUUAUCAGAUGGAUUAGAGAAGGGUGAAGGCAACCUUGUGUUGAGAUCAGAUGGAAUGGAGCAUUAUAUUGCUGCUUCUGCUGGUGAUGAUUCGAUGGAGGAGGGGGCAAUAAAGGAAGUAAUUGCUGAAGGGCCCACAUCAUCACGAAGGCAAUUAUCUGGGUGCCCUCCAUCAAUUCUUAUAAACCUCUCACUCUCCAUUUGUGGCACUGUUAUCACCAUGCUUAUCUACGCAACGCUUUAGCUUAUCAAUUCUCUAUUUGAUUAUGAACAUAUAUAUAUAUAUAUAUAUAUCUUGUGAUUAUAAUGCUGUGUCACGAACAGAUAAAAUCUAACGUGACCUAGGUAAUCAGUACAAGUAGUAGAAGAAUGGAGUGGUUUGCUUUUGAGUAGGGGAGUAAUAUAUUGAAAUCAUGUCCUCCUCCUCUCUAUAUGUUGAAGAAAUAUAUUGGCACUAAGCUGUGAUAUAUUGGCUAUUUAUUAGACAAACAUAUCUGGUUUCAAGUUA